UAUACAAAAUGUAUAGAACUUUAAAACAUUUUUCACUAUCUCUGUUUUUAUUCUGUAAUUUUGAAUUUAAUUUGGCACAACUUUCGACUUGCUCCGGAACCGGUUGUCCAACAAAUGGAGUAUGGGGAGCUUGGGAAACAAUUGGUGAUAAGGCUUGUGAUAUGGAAUGUGGAGGAUGUGGUACCCUAUUUCAGACAAGAGACUGUAUUAGUGCUCCUGUUUGCAAUUGCACAGGACCUUCCAACAGAAACAUCGGUUGUAAUAAUGUUGCAUGCAAGUAUCCCACUCAAAAAACCUGUUGUCCUCCAUUUGUUCCAAUGGUUCUGAAUGGUACCCAAGUGUGUGGUCCAUUACCUAAAAAUAUUGAGAAUUCUGCGUGUUGCCCACAAACUGCACUAAUGUCCCAAUGGACUGGAUGGCAACUUCAAAAUUCACAAUGGGCGAGAACAAGAGACUGUCUUACAGUAUCAAUUGGAUGUCCAUGUACUGGACAGACUUUAACACAGACUCAAGCAACAUGCCCUUGUGCCCAACCUUCAAAUGCUACUUCUGCAUGCUCUAAUCUUGCAAUAGCCACGCCAAUUUACUACCGUCAACUCAUCAUUAAUGAUGCAACUGGAAGUGCUGACCUUGUACUAAUUGCACAGAAUCAAGGAGCUGGAAAGAUAUAUUGUAAAGCGUUGACUGACGCAUAUGGAAGUGCACUAGGCUAUGAAGGCGCAAUGCUGAUGAUGCAAGAAGUAUCUGGCCAAUGUACAACUGAUACGGUAUUUGGUUGUGCCAAAGGAACAGAUAAUGCUAGACAAAAUGCAACAUUCACUUGUGAUGGAUCGACUGGAAACUGGAUUUAUGAUUUUACUGGAAAACAGAUUGUCGGAAUUGUACAGGGAAGCUGGAAUUAAUCUUCGUGAAUAAAUAUU